AAUUUAAUUAUAGAAGUUCAAAGUUCAAACAACAAACAUUUCCUUCAUGCUGCUUGCUAAUUUUGUAACCACAGUAAACUAACAGCUUAGUUUCUUCAACUCACAGAAAGCCGUUAGAUUAUGUCUUCGAUUUAUCAUACUUCCACUCCUGUCAUUUCACAGACACUAGUCUCUUAUCCCACAAAACUUCAACUAUCUAUUACUUCACUCCCAUUAAUCUCCGACCACCAUCAUCACCGCUCAACUAUUUCAAAUUCUGCUAAUUAUAGAACUUCAAAAUCAGACCUCAGGUCAUUCUUGUUUCCCACAGAUUCGCGCCUCGUCGGAAACUUUUCUGUCCAAUGCAGUUGUGUCGAUUCUCUUCCUAAUCACCCAUACAUAACAAGUUUUCUGUACUCGUUCUUCGGUGAAUGUGGACUCAAUGAGAAAGAAACUGAAUAUCUUUUGGAGCACAAUCCGUCUCUGGGAGCUGCAAGUUUCGACUCUAUACAGGCCCGUGUCUCUCUUAUAGAGAGUGCUGGCAUUAAAGGUGUUGAACUGUCUCGUUUGAUUAUCAAAUGCCCGUAUCUACUAACAGCAGAAGAAGUUCAUAUAUUUUUGCAUUUUGUUUUAAAUAGUUUGCAUGGAAAUGUCGAGCCAGCGCAGCUCAAACGCCUUUUUGCUGCGACCGAACCAAGAUUCUUAGUUGGUUUUGGUCAAAAGGUUAGCCUGCUUAUUAGUCAUGGAGUUCCGAAGGAAAAGAUUGUUCACAUUCUCAACAAUGUGAAUUUAACUAAAGCAAUGUGCCUUAAGUCAAUUCAAGAAAUUGAUAGAACAAUUAGCUUCUUAUCUCGCUUUGGUGGGAUUGAUAUAAUUGUUAGACGGCCAAUGAUUCUGAACUUCGACUUGGAUACUCAGUUGAUUCCGAGAAUAGAGUUUCUUAAAGAAAUCAGUGGUGGAGAUGAAGAAGCUACGGGUAUUCUGUUGCGUAAACUUCCUGCUCUUUUGAGUUACAGUGUAGAGCACACUAAAGAUCAUGUAGAGUGCUUGAGAUCAUUUGCUGGACUAACUGAUUCUCAAAUAUUCAAGAUUUUUCUUGUGUUCCCAAAUGUAGUUAGUGCUAGCAGGGAGAGAAAAUUGCGUCCUCGAAUACAAUUUCUCAAGCAAUGUGAUUUGAGUUCUGAUGAGAUAUUUAAGUUCUUGACUAGAGCUCCAUUGUUUCUAGCGCUUUCCUUUAGGGAGAACAUCGCACAUAAACUCGUAGUUUUGGCGAAGAUCGGAUAUGGAUAUAAAAACAAAGAACUGGCUGUUGCACUCGGAGCUGUAACGAGAACCAGCUGCGAAAAUUUGCAGAAGGUGGUCGAGCUAUUCUUGAGUUACGGGUUUUCUCCUGAUGACAUAUUUGCUAUGAGUAAGAAGCAUCCUCAGAUACUGCAAUAUAGCUAUCGUUCAUUGCAGGAGAAAAUGGAGUAUUUGGUUGAAGGAAUGGGUCGAGAAGUUGACGAACUAUUGGCAUUUCCUGCGUUUCUUGGGUAUAAACUUGAUGACAGGAUUAAGCAUAGAUUUGAAGUUAAUAGGAAUGUUAUAGGAGAAAAAAUGUCCAUUAAUAAGCUCUUAAGUGUCUCUGCUGAUAGAUUUUCAGCCCAGAAGAAGAAAAAGUCAUAUUCUUGAUUUACAGACUGAACUGAGUAGUUGUAAAUUCUUCUAAUUUGGCAUGAAUUGUUCCAUUCAUAACAAGCCUACUUGCCUCCA